AUGAGUGCGGAGAAAGUGCCAGUGGGCUAUACAAAUGGGACAUCGUUUGAUUGGAAUACGCGGGGACAGACUAUUGCAGCCGCGACCGUUCUCCCAGCACUAGGACUGAUAAGCGUGGUAUUGCGCUUUUGGUCCAGACUUCACAGGCGGGCUGGCCUUGGGCUUGAUGAUGCGUUUAUUGUUCCAGCACUGCUCUGCGUUAUUGGCCUAGGCACCACUCUGCUCGUUGGUGUCGCAAAGAAUGUCAUAGCCCACACCACCCCUCCAAACCCCAACGCCGCCAGCAAGGAUGCCCAGCUGUAUCAAAUCACACCCCCACAAGAACUGGUAGAAAAGAUUGAGUUCGUGUUCUUUCUCAUCUCAGUUGUUGCCUAUGGCUUUAUAAAGCUCAGUGUCCUAUUUUUCUACCGUCGCAUCUUCGUCAAAGGUGCAUCUGCGAAGUUCGACAUUGUCAGUAAGGUCGCUAUUUGGAUCACCUCAGCUUGGACGAUUGCUUUCUUCCUCAUACAGCUUUUCAAGUGUGGGAGGUAUAUCGACUCGGAGUGGGGGCCUUUGAUCGAUGCAUCUCGGUGUUUGGACAGCUUUCAGUAUACCGAUGCCUUGUUCGUCAGCGAUCUCAUCACAGAUCUCUUGGUCUAUCGUAGCCUCAAUAGUCCGAAUAGUCUACGGGUUUCAAAUCCAAGCCGCUGGCCUCGCAAAACCUACCGACGUCGACGGUACAUCUCCCUCCCCCUUGGCCCCCGAAACCCCGUCCGGCUAACACCGCUCCCACCCUCAGAAGGACUAACAACGCUUCUCUACUGGGGAAUGCUCGAAGCCGGCAUCUCCCUCAUCGCCACCAACCUCCCCUCCCUACACUUUCUAGUCACGGAGAAAUCCCUACAGCCCUUCGCCGCCAGCAUCCGCACUGCGGUCUCGUUCAGCUCAUUGCGGUCGCAGGCGUCAAAAGCUGGGACCGGGACUCGGUCAGCGUAUUCGAAGGUGCAGCAGAAUGGAUCGAAGGCGCCGGCGGUUCCGGUUUUGCGGAAAGGGUGGGAGAAUGGAGGGGGGCUGGGGACCGUGGAUACGUUCGCUAUGUACGAUAUGGAACGUGCGGUGGAGGUUAGGGAGCCCGGGUUGGUUCACGUUGCGUGUGAGAUGUGGCAGCAGGGGAAUGCCAUUUGA